AUGCCAUCCUCCCUAACACUUGAUGAUCAUUCCCAUGCACACGCUUGUGGAAAUGAAUCCUCCUCCUCCUACUCGUUCGGAGACAGCUCUUCCUUCCACUCGCUUCCUCCAAUGUAUUCAUUGUUGUCGACCUUUCACAACUCUUCAACUUUUGCUGAUACUACUAGUAAGCAAGAACAACAACAACAACAACAACAACCAAUAGAGCAUUAUGCUGAUUUGGAUAGAGCUCUCUCAUGUAUCACACCCUCCACUCCAUGUUUUCUCAGAUUAGAUGUUCAUGGAGUAUUGAAAGAAUUGAAUUCUUGUGAUCAAAAUAAUUUUCAUGUCUAUCCCGAGUUCUCGUCAUCGAUGGCAACAACACAAGAGACGAAAGGUCUGAAUCGGAAUGAUGCUUCUCUGCUGGAAGUAAGCAGUAAUGGCUUUUCAGCGCAGAAGAGUGAUUGUGGCGUGAUGGGAAGCAGCAUGGUGGCGAUGAUGAUGAUGAUGGAUGAUUCAAUAAUCAACAACAACAACAGCAGCAGCCUCAGAUGCGAGGAUGAAUCAAGUUCCCUCCUACACGUUCGACCGGUCAAUAACAUUGACAACUACUCAAACUCGGGAGCAUAUCCAACAUCAUCCUCUUACAACAACUGCCCGUUGUCAUCAUCCCUAAUGACAACAACAAUCACUCCACAUCAUCAUCCCAUUCUUCUCCCAACAAUAGCAACAACAACAAUGAGUGAUCGCUCACCAUCAUUCAACAAACAAUCACUUCCAAUCCAUCAAGCAGCAGCAGAAGAGACCGAGUUGUUAUUGGAGAAAGAGCGAUCAUUCCAAUUACCCUCUUCCACUCCUACUACCCCCAACAUGAUUCACCUGAACAACAACAACAACAAUAACGACAACAUCUCACAUGUGAUACCCAACCGUAACGGAAAAAAAAGGAAAAAUUCAACCACAAGCACCACAAGUUUAUCAACCUCUUCAUCACCCAACAACAACAACAACAACAACCACAGGCAGUCGUCUGUAGACUCUCCUCCUCUCAGCGUCCACAAGAACUCAGGUCUUACCAAACAGACCAAGACUCAGAACAAGGGUAUUACUACUACUAAUCGCCACAAACAACCAACAAGAACAGGUAGACGUCUACUCACUGAAACCAUUACCACCACUGCCAGUUCCAUCCAACACUCCUUUGAAUUUUUGAAAGAGUCCUCUCCUCAUUCCCAUUCCACCUCCGCUUCAGUACUUGUGGCCUCUCCUCCCUCUUUGAAGAAACAUGCAUCAUCCAAAUCGACUCGUUCAAAAUCACCUCACCAUGCAAUGAAUGAGGAUACAGACUUAAAGAACGGAUCACUGAGUUCUCCAACAACGACUUCUCUCUCCACCACCACCACCACCACCACUAGUAGUAGUAGUAGUAGUAGUAGUAGUAGUAGUACUGCUGCGACCUCCCAUUCAGCAUCAUCCACUGGUACACCAAGUGGUGGUGGUAGUUUGAAACGAAAUCUUGCCUCAUGGACCCUCUACAAGGAACAAGCUUUUGUAGAAGGUAAUUCCAAAGAGAAAUCAAAGAGUGGAAAUAAUUAUAAAUUUCAUAAUGUGUCGUUUGUCUAUGUACCAACUGACCAAUAA